AUGUACACCAGAGCACAGGCGCUGCAAUCAAUGACACCUGAUCCUGAUGCUCCGAAGACUCGCUCCAGAGCUAGGGAUAUAGAAAAUACCGCCUUUCGAGAUUCCACAAGCAGAGCUAGUCUAUCGGAGUACGACAAGCGCUGUCAAGCAGCAAGAAUAAACAGUCAGAGUGAUUCUCCUUUUCAGUACACGAACGACGAACAGAGUCUGCCCUCCUUAACUAAACACACGGACAAACCCUCUCGAGCACUCGGUCCCUACAACGCCUGCUACCACCACUACUCUGGCCUUUUCUCCACCAUCUACACGACCACCUGCCCCACCUCACCCACUGGUCUUCUUACCAUCAAAGCCGUCUCCCCCGGCUCCGAGUCCCCUCCACACGAUUCACAACGCGAAGCCCGCAUCCUCACCUCCCUUUCCCACCCCAACAUCCUCCACCUCACCUCCACCCACACAAUCACCUCAUCCCCCAGCACGCUCUUCCUCCUCACCUACCCCUUCCAACCCUUCACCCUCUCCGACCUCCUCGACUCCACCACCCACAAAAUCCCCAAUUCAAUCCUUAACGACCUCUUCUCCGCCCUCGCACACAUCCACGCCAAGGGCAUUCUCCACCGCGACAUCAAACCCUCCAAUAUCCUCCUCUCCUCCUUCUCAGGCUCUGCCGUACUCACGGACUUCGGCGUCGCCUGGUCACCCACGGACGGCGCCUCUGAACCAGCAGUUCAGAAGAUCAUGGAGGUGGGGACAACGUGUUACCGCCCACCUGAACUGCUCUUUGGCUGUCGCAACUACAGAGAGGGAGUGGAUCUGUGGGCAGCUGGGUGUGUGGCGGCGGAGAUCUUUGUGCAUAACGCGAGUUUAGUAGGCAAGGGAGGGAAGGGUCAUAGGACGGGGGAGGAAGAACAGUGGACGCUCUUCGAUGCAGGCGAGCUGGGCAGUGAAUUGGCCCUCGUGAAAAGCAUUUUCGAGACCUUGGGCACGCCGAAUGAGCAAACUUGGCCAGAAGGGAAGGGUUUGCCGGAUUGGGGGAAAAUGCAAUUCGUGGAGUUUCCCGGGAAAGGGUGGGAGGAGAUCCUGCCUGGUGUGGGGGAAAAGGAGAGGCAGGCUGUGUCGUCUUUAAUUAAAUAUGAGAGUGUGGAGAGGAGUAGAGCUGUGGCUGUAAGUAGCCUGUUGCUGUAG